AUGUUCAAAGGAUUCGGAUCAACCUUGAUCGGCCCUGCUCUCCAGUGGUAUAACACCCUGCCUACCAAAUCCCUCAAAUCCUUUGCAGCCCUUAGCGAUAAGUUCGUAGAGCAGUUCGCCAGCAGCCGUGACCUAGAGAAGAACUCAGAUGAUCUCUAUGAGAUCCUCCAGCACAGGAAUGAGCCCCUUCGUUCCUACAUAGCGCGCUUCAACCAAGCGAAGGUGGCUAUCCCUGAGUGCAAUGCUGAUACGGCUAUCUCAGCCUUUAAGAGGGGUCUACUUCCGGAGGGAGAUCUUUACAAAGAGCUGAUCAAAUACAAGUGCAAGAUUAUGGAAGACGUACUGUCUCGUGCUUGGGCUCAAGUAAGGUGGGAAGAAGACUUUGCUAGUAGGGCCAAAGCCGGUCUGAAGUAUGAUCAGAAGUCAUCAAAGCCUACUAGGAGCGACCGCGAUGAGCCCUCUCACCCCAAGUCCGCUAGGGAGACUAGUAACCCGAACAGGGACAGGUACCAGCAUCGACCUUUGCCUAGAUCCGAAGGAAUGAUGGUGUCUACUUGGCCUGACAUCUCCCAUCUUGCGAUAUCCAAACCGGAACUGAUCGGCGUCCUGCGACAAAUGGGACCUCAAGUCAAGUGGCCUCCUAAGAUGAAGGCCGCAGAGGCUAAUCGAAACCCCAAGCGAUGGUGCGAGUUUCAUAGUUAUCACGGUCACACUACGGAGGACUGUCCCGGUCUCCCAAUCGAAGCUGCUCCCGCGUUGCCACCGCAGCAAGAUCGGGUGAUCCAUAUCAUCUCAGGUGGAUCAGAGGUAAGCGGAAUCAGCUGUGCCGCUGCCAAGAGGAGUACCUGCAACGCCAGGAACGGCCAAGAGUCCGAGGGUCCUAAGCGCCUACUCCUCGGAACAGACGAGAUCAGGUUCACUGCAAGGGAACAGGAGAGGGUCCUGGCUCCUCACCACGAUGCUCUUGUCAUUUCACUUACCAUAGCAAACUGCUUGGUCAAGCGAAUACUAGUAGACAAUGAGAGCUCCAGCAACAUAAUCUUCCAUUCGGCUUUCGCCGACCUAGGGUUGGAACCUACAACUCUAACCAGAAAGGCGACUCCCCUUGUAGGCUUCAGUGGAGAAGUCAAGCAAACCCUAGGAGAGGUCCUUCUCCCCGUGUACGCCGAGGGGGUAAACCAAGCCACAAUGUUCCUAGUCGUCGACUGCCCUUCAUCAUACAACGUGAUAUUGGGAAGGCCUUGGAUCCACGACAUGGGAGCCGUACCUUCAACUUUGCAUCAGCUGGUCAAGUUCCCAACCCCCUGGGGCAUUAAGGCGGUCAAGGGACAUCAAGAAAAUGCUAGGUCCUGCUAUCAGACCACCCUUAAGGGGAAGACCCAGGUCUUAUAG